AGUCAAGCGUUUUUGAAAAGACAAAUCUCAGCAGAUUAAGGAUUCAUUCUGUUAUUCUGAUGAGCAAAAACAGCAUCAACCCAAUUUGUAAGCGUUUGAUCUACUUUGAAGACACAAUGAUCUUGAUUUCAUCUGAAAAACUCCAUUUUGGUUUUUAUUUGUCAAUAGGUCUACUGAGUCUACCACUGCUUGCAGAAUGCCAUAAAAUUCAGCUGGUCGGGCCUUCCCGUUGCUCUGGUAGACUGGAGGUCUACCACAGAGACAGUUGGGGAACGGUGUGUGAUGACGUCUGGAGCGUGGCCAACGCUGACGUGGUGUGUCGAGAGUUAAACUGUGGGAUAGCUCUUGAGGCCAAAAAAAGCGCCUUUUUUGGAGAGGGACACAACACGAUCUGGUUGGAUGAUGUAGAGUGUAUUGGCACUGAGUCUUCUAUCCUCAAGUGCCCACACAGACCAAUGGGGGAAAAUAACUGUGGCCACUCUGAAGAUGCUGGGGUUAUUUGUUCAGAAAGUGUGAGGGUGGUCAACGGAAGCAAUCGGUGUAACGGCAGAGUGGAAGUCUACCAGGAAGGCAACUGGAAACGAGUGUGCAGCAGUGACUGGGACAAUGAAGACGCUAACGUGGUGUGCCGAGAGAUUAACUGUGGCACUCCCUCCACUCAGGCUAAAGUGCCCAAUUUUGGAGAGGCAACUGGCCUGGACAGCAUCAAACCCAACUGUUUGGGAAAUGAGAGCUCCAUCUCACAGUGCAACUUUCUGAAAAGCAGUGAAAACUGUGUUGAUGCUACUAUCUUCUGUGAAAACAGUAAACCAAUUCGGCUGAUGAACGGUACUAGUCAGUGCUCUGGCCGAGUGGAAGUCUACCACAAUGGACAGUGGGGAACGAUUUGUGAUGACAGAUGGGGAAUGCAGGAGGCAGUUGUUGCAUGUCGAGAGAUGAACUGUGGCGCUGCUCUCGCGGUCAAAUUCAAAUCUUUUUUCGGCAGAGGUCACGAUCAGGUUUGGUUGGACGAUGUUGAUUGUACUGGUCAUGAGAAGUCUCUUGCUGACUGCCCGCACAAAAAUUUUGGAGACCACGACUGUGACCACAAUGAAGAUGCUGGUCUUAUAUGCUCAGAUGCAGUCAGGUUGCUUAAUGGGACUAACUCCUGCUCUGGCAGAGUGGAGGUCUUCCAUGAUGGCCAAUGGGGAAAAAUGUGUAAAAACUGGGGCAGUGAAGAUGCUGCAGUAGUGUGUAAGGAAAUCGGUUGCGGAGCUCCAAAAAAAAACCAACAAAGCUUCAAUUUUGGUGACAGUGAACGAAGAGGGUAUACAAGUAGAUGCUCUGGCAAUGUGAGUUCAAUCUCCCAAUGCGCACUUCAAGAAUACAUAGGGAGAUGUGAAGGUGUUUCUCUUUCAUGUUCAGAUAAUCCAUCGCUAAGGCUUGUCAAUGGCACUAACCGAUGCUCUGGUAGAGUGGAGAUUUUUCAUGAAGGCCAGUGGGGAGCAGUGUGUGAUGAUGGGUGGGACAUCAAAGAUGCUCAGGUGGUGUGCAGAGCCAUGGACUGUGGAACAGCUCAGACGGCCAAAUCCGGUUCCUUCUUUGGUCAAGGCCAUGGAAACAUUUGGCUAGAUGAUGUUGCCUGUGUCGGUAAUGAAACGUCCCUUUUGAACUGCCCACAUCCCGGACUCGGAGAAAAUAACUGUGGCCAUACUGAAGAUGCUGGUGUGGUGUGCUCAGCUGACAUUAGACUGAUCAAUGGGACUGACCAGUGCUCAGGCAGAGUGGAGUUACACCAUAAUGGCAAAUGGUCACCAGCAUAUAAUAUUAACUGGGGAAAAAAUGAAGCUACAGUGGUGUGCAGAGAGAUGUUUUGUGGAGAUCCUGUCAAGUUCUCAGGAUCACACGGUGGAGUCGAACAUUCGGGAGGGUAUCAUAUCACUUGUAGCGGUACAGAGAGCUCUCUCAACCAGUGCACACUGACAGCUUAUGUAAGGAACAGCCAUGAUCGCAUUGAAGAGGCAUCUGUUGAAUGUUCAGGCAAUUUGAAGUUGUCCAAUGGGUCCAAUCGUUGUGAUGGAAGAAUAGAGUUCUUCGAAAAAGGCCAGUGGGGGACUGUGUGUGGCGACGACUAUGAUAUAAAUGAUGCCAAUGUGGUGUGCAGGCAGCUGGACUGCGGGGCCAGUUUCAAGUUUACCAACAUGGCUGUGUAUGGCCAUGGCACAAGACAUACCUUGAUCGAUCAAAUUGAAUGCAAUGGAAUGGAGUCAACUCUGAAUCAGUGCAUACGAAUUCCAUUUAGAGGCAAAACGUGCAAUAUCACUUCAAUUGCUGGUGUUGUCUGCACAGGAAGUUUGUCGGUCCGGUUGGCUAAUGGUAAGGAUGAGUGCUCUGGAAGGGUAGAGGUCCGUCAUGGCGAGAUGUGGAAUACGGUGUGUGACACAGACUGGACCCUGAGUAAAGCUCAGGUGGUGUGUGAGCAGCUAGAAUGCGGACAUGCAUUGAACGCUCCUGGCAGUGCCCAUUUUGGCCAAGGCAGUGGAUCAGUAGUAGAGGCUAGCAAUUCUUGUUUUGACAAUGUGACAUCUCUUCAGCAAUGCACGCUCAAAGGUUUCAGAGGAUCAAGCUGUGGGCACGAACAUGAUGCUGGCGCUCUCUGUGCAGCACAGAUUCGGUUGAUCGGCGGUUCAGGUCAAUGCUCAGGUAGAGUGGAGAUCUUCUAUAAAGGCCAGUGGGGAACUGUGUGCGAUGAUGAAUGGGAAAUGAGCAAUGCCGAUGUGGUAUGUAGACAGCUUGGCUGCGGCCAUGCAGUUUCUGCUCCUAUGAGUUCCCACUUUGGAAGAGGCACAGGUCCAAUAUGGCUGGAUAAUGUGUCCUGUGAAGGCGGAGAGAAGGCUAUCACACAUUGUACGCAUUCCGGUUUUGGAAUAAAUAACUGCGGGCAUGGUGAAGAUGCUAGUGUUAUCUGUUUAGGCGCUCUACAGAAGCCCCAAAUCACUUUGAGUCCAGCUCCAGAAGUACACUGGGGUGACAGAGUUGAGAUCACCUGCACUGUAUUAACAGAAAACCUGGGUGGUACAUUCGUGCUGAAAAGGACCCAAGACUCAUUUAAAAUGGAAAAAUUCUCUGAGAGUGAAGCUGCAACCUUUACUUUCCCUACUGUGGAUUUCAGCCAGAAGGGGACAUACUUCUGUGAAUAUCAAAAGAAAUUGCCGAAUGAAGUCAUCUAUUUUCCUCAAGGAAAUACUGCUGAUCUCUCUGUCACAGUGAAACUGGAGAAACCCAGCAUCACCCUGACAUCUCCUCAUGCAAUGGUGAUCUACAGCCCUGACAAAAUAUCGGUCACCAAAGGAAGCACCUUCUCCGUCACUUGCUCUGUUCAUUCCAGAUAUUCUACAGGUUUCUUCUAUCUGACAAAGGCUAACACGAAUGCAUCUGACGCGAUGCCGGCAUUUGGCCACUCUAUCUUCUACCUCGCAUCCUUUGAAUUCCCUGAAAUAGAUUAUAAAAACCAAGGAGAGUAUAGGUGCGUCUUCGGUGUUAACAUAUCCUCAGUGUCCUUCUGUUCGGAUCCCUCCAAGUCACUCCAAAUCACUGUAGUCGCAACCUCAUCCUCUUCAGUUGUCUCAGGAGCGGUUGUGGGUGUGCUAUUGGUGUUGCUACUCGUGCUGGUUGUUGGUUACUUGGUCUGGAGAAGGAGAAGGCGGGGUGCCGGUACCAUAGUUCAGUUUAGUAACAGGUCUGGAGGAGCAAUAAAGCAAGAUUUCGAUGAAAGGAGCAAUGGACUCUAUGGAAGAGACAUCGAUAGCGAAGUGAAUGAGCAAGCACACAGUAGCAGCCAGGAAGACAACAAAGCUGAUGUGGAUAACUCCGUGGAGGCGGUCCCUGAAGACCUGGCUGGGAGAGUUUGUUAUGAGCUUGAACCACUCGUUUUUCCCUAAUAACAAAAUGCAUUAAGGAAUCGCCUAUGUGAUGCAAAAUGAGUAGUACUAGGAUGAAAAACAGGCUUUUACGGCUCUCUGGUUGAAAGGUUUGAGUCUAUUGCAUCUGUAAACACACCCAACAGUAAUGUCAUGGUAUAUUGGAGUACACUUCUACAUCACGGCUGCAAAGACAGAAGUUAAAACACUGAAGGUUUUCAAAAAACACGAUUUUCAGCUGGUGUUCAGAUGCUCUUUAAGGUAGACCAUAGGACCUGUUUCAAGUGUGAUUUUACACCUUUUUUUAUUGAACAAAUUAUUUAGAAAUCUACAAACUUUGCUCUUCCUCAAAUAAAUGCUUUAGGAAAGGUAGAAAUGAAACUCUGUGGAAAAUUGAAAAUAUGAUUUUGACAUACUCGUCACAAACAGCUUGUGUGAACGGGCAAAAGUUUGUAGGUAACACUUAUUUUCAUACUUAAUUCUGUUGUGAUUUUGAUUUUUCUGGGAGAUUCUGUCAAUCACAGAGCUCAGAUCAACUGACCUGUAGGGGGAUACUGAUUACAUUGUCUUUGUAUUGCAUGAUAAUUUGCUUUAUUUUGUGUAUUUGAAUGCCGAUCAAUAAAUGUGUAUUUCUUAUA